AUGAUUUUGACCUUAGACACUGGUUUCUACCUGAUCUUCAUGCAUUCGCUUUCUGUUGUGGCAGUUCCUUUGAAUGUGCUGAGUAUAUUCUGUAUUCUCUACAAGUCAACGAAGCAAAUGGGGUCUUAUAAAUGGUAUUUGCUGAUCUACCAGCUGACAUCGACCGUAUUCGAUUUCAUUUACCUGGCACUCACUUUGCCGAUAAUAUUCUUCCCAAUACCAAUGGGUUAUCCUGCUUCAUGGAUUGCGCCAUGGAUUUCCAUCACCAGCCACUUAUCAGUUCUCCUGGUUGUUUACAUAGGUUCAUUUUUUGCUGCUACCAUCGUCAGCCUGUUUAUAUAUCGGUGCCAUGUCGUCACUCCAACCCUUCAUUUCUCGAGAAUCAACAAUCAUGGUCACGUCUACAAGAAUGCUAUACUAUUCCCGUCCUUUGCCAUUCCUGUUCUUAUUACUUCAUUCGAUAUUUUGCCCGACCAAGUAGAGGCGAGGACAUGGGUAGAGAAGUUGUGUGAUUGUAUCCUUCAAUUUUCUUCGCGAAAAUGGGAGCAUGUCGCAAAGGACGAAAGAGAUGCAAAAACGAUUCCUGCUCUACCUCUCUCUUCAGGUGACGCUACCGGUCUUAAGCAUGGUAGUACCUAUAGUCUCACUGAUGUACAUCUUAGGAACAACAAACAACACACCGAGGGGUAG